UCAGAUCCUUCGGUACGGCCCCCCUUUUGGUCCCAUACCUGUCUGCCCCUCUCUCUUUCUCUCUGUCGCCGGACCCCCAAAACGCAGCAUCUGAAGCUAAAAAACGCAGAAGCGGCAAACAGCUUCUCUCUCCUUCAGUGUCGCUCGAAACUUGUGACUCGUAAGUCUCUUUCCUAAACAUGUUCUCAUAUUCGGAACUGGAAUCGCUAACAAGGAACGGGUAAUGGAACUUACCGAUUCAACGGCGUCCGAGGCGACUCGGACCCCUCUUGGCAUCGAUCUCAAUGAGAUCCCUUCCUCCUCUUCCGCCGAAACGCUACUUGACCCGGUUGAUGUUGUGCGCUUGCACUACGAGACUCAGGGCCCUCCCUCGUUAGCUCUAGCCGGGUUGCCGGUGGGGGACUCAUCCGUGGCCUGCGGGACUUGCGGCCGGCCUGAGGAACAGGGCCAUGUGGUAGUGUGUGACGCGUGUGAGGGCGGGUUCCACAUUGACUGUGCCGGAAUGCAUGAACCUCUCGCCGCCAAUUUCGGGGAGUGGGUGUGCGGGGAGUGUGCGACUAACGGGUCCAAGAGUAAGCGGUGGCCCCUAGGCGUUAAGUCCAAGCGAAUUUUGGACAUCAACGCAUCUCCACCAAGUGAAGGGGACGGAGAUAGGGAUGGGGAGGGGAGUGUGGAGUUGCUGGAUUCCAGGAGCACUCCAGGUGAUUCUUUUGGUGGCAAUGCAAUUAUUGCUCCAGUGACAUAUUCUAACUUUGUGUAUGCAAGAAAUGGUUUUGCCUUGCAAAAAGCUUCUGGGGUUUUGAUGCACACUGUGAAAGUGGGUUUGGAAGAUUUGUUACAUCAUACACAGACAAUGGGUAGAAGUAUUGAGGAAGUAGAUUGGGCUUUCUCACUAGGAAGGCAUAGUAGUAACAAUACAGCUAAUAAAUUGCCUUCUCGGAAUCCAAAUGAGAUUUUGCAAGCUCUUAAAGAAUUCAUUUCUGAAAGGCAUGGCGUAUUGGAGGAAGGUUGGCAUGUGGAGCUCAGACAGUCCGUGAGUAGUUAUGAAGUAUAUGCAGUUUACUGUUCUCCUGAUGGAAAGUCAUUUAAUUCAAUGUCUGAAGUUGCUUGCUAUCUUGGUUUAGUGUCCAACUACAAUCAUAAAGACAUCGAAAUGACUAUCGAGGAGCCAUUUCCACAAGAAAGGUCACAUUUAUUUAAAAAGAGGAAGUCAACGAGAUCGUUUAUUACCAAUGGUUAUAAUGAAUGCAAAGAAUCUUUGGUAAGUUGUCAUAAUAAGGAGCUUUUCUUUCAUAGUCAGAACAUGGAAAAUUUUCAUAGUAAGUGUGGUGAAGUCGUGGAAGCUGGAAAUGGUGAAGAUGGUGGCUUUGGUUCUCGGCAGACCGAUGAUGGAUUCCCAGUCCAGUUUGAAGAUUUCUUUAUUCUUUCUGUGGGUGAUGUUGAUGUGAGACCUUCAUAUCAUGGUGUCAACCAGAUCUGGCCGGUGGGUUAUAGAUCCUGUUGGCAUGACAGGAUUACGGGGUCUCUUUUUCUAUGUGAAGUGUUAGAUGGUGGUGAUUCUGGUCCUCUUUUUAAAGUCAAAAGGUGCCCUUGCUCACUGCUGCCUAUUCCAAAUGGAUCAACUGUUCUUGUUAGAUCAAAACUUGAUCAUUCUACUGUGGAUAAGAAUGAAGAAUGUAACAAUCUGACUCAUUCGGUUAUGGAUUGUGAUAAUGAUGACUAUAUUCAAAUGGUCCUUUUGGAUCCUUCUCCUCCAUCAGAGGAUGAUAUUGUAACCUGUUUACAUAGUAGUGCUAAGGAAACAUAUACUGCUGAGUCAUCUGGUGGCUUGCAACCUAAUGACUGGGAAACUGGAGUUAUUGAGAUUUCUGUGGAAGAGAGCUUCCCGACUGCAGCUUGGGGACUCUUAUUUCAAAGAUUUAUUGAUGCUUGUUGUGAUAUCUUAAAACGGAAUGGAACUCUUAAGUUUUGCUGCAAUCAUGUUAAUAAUAAAUUGGGAUCCUCUAGAUGGGAUGAACAGAAUGAGAAGAAAAGCAAGGCAACGCCUACUUCAUUAACUAAAUUUUGCAGUUCUCCUGGAUCUGUCAAUGUCCCGUCCAAGUUUGAGGGUGACAAAGAGCUUGAGACUUUGACUAAUGUGCUGUCUAAAUGGCUGGUCCAGGAUAGAUUUGGACUGGAUUCAGAAUUUGUUCAAGAAAUGAUAGAACAACUUCCUGGUGUUGAAUCCUGCUCAAAGUAUAAAAGGCUUAAUAGUAGGAAUCAUUCUUCGGCAUUCCCAACUGUUAGAAAUGGAGUCCUAGUUGUCCAAAAGACGAGGGGAGUAGAAGUCAAGUCAGAAGAAGUUUCAAAUGAUAUUCUCAGAAAGUCUAAAAGGUGCAGGUUGGUUGAGGACCAUGAAAUUGAUAAUAAUCUUCGACCUUCUGGCAAUGUUUUGUGCUUAAAGCUUCCUCCUGCGCUUGUUGGUAAGCUUUAUCAGGUAUGGGAGUUAUUUUGGCGUUUUCAUGAGUUAUUAGGUUUGAAAAGGCCUUUUUCGUUGGAGGAACUUGAAGAUGAACUUAUUAACCCAUGGUCUGAUGGUUCGAGUCUUGAGAAUCCUGAGAGGAAGGUUCUGGGAAAUCAAGUCCUAGAUUCCCAUAUUGAUGGAACAGGUGGUCAAAUCUCAUCUUCAAGCAGUGAAUCUCAUACAGGAGUUUCAGUUGAUAACCCAAACGUGUUUAUACAAAUGGAAACAGAGGCAUCAAAGGAAGCAGCCCAAGAUAAACUUGCAUCUGUUACUUAUAGUAGGUGCUCAGGAGUUGCUUUGACAAAGGCUCACUUCUCACUGCUGGGUGUGCUAAUAAGUGAGCUCCAAUCCAAAGUUGCUGCACUUGUUGAUCCAAAUUUUGAUACUGGAGAGUCAAAAUCCAAGAGGGGAAGGAAGAAAGAUGUGGAUACCUCAAUUUGGGAAAGAAGAACCAAACUUAAUAUGCUCCCUAUCAAUGAACUGACAUGGCCAGAGCUAGCUCGGAGGUACAUUUUGGCUGUCUUAUCUAUGGAAGGUAACCUCGACUCUGUGGACAUUGUUGCUCGUGAAAGUGGUAAAGUGUUUCGUUGCUUACAAGGUGAUGGAGGGGUGCUUUGUGGCUCACUAACUGGAGUUGCUGGAAUGGAAACAGAUGCAUUGUUGCUUGCAGAGGCUGUAAAGAAAAUAUUUGGUUCUUUGAACAGAGAAAAUAUCAUUCUCACCAUUGAAGAUGAAGGAUCUGAGCCAAAUGGUCCUUGUGAAAAGAAUAUCGUUAGUGAUGGUAACAUUCCAGAGUGGGCACAGGUACUGGAACCAGUUAGAAAGCUACCCACUAACGUGGGAACCAGAAUCAGAAAGUGUGUUUAUGAAGCUUUGGAGAAGGGUCCACCAGAGUGGGCGAAAAAAGUAUUGGAGCAUUCAAUUAGUAAAGAAGUUUACAAGGGCAAUGCAUCGGGACCUACAAAGAAAGCUGUUCUUUCAGUUCUAGCCGAUAUACGCAAUGAAACACUGUCACAGAAAUCAAACAAAGGCAGCAAAAGGAAGAGAAUUUUAUCGAUAUCUGACAUUAUCAUGAGAAAAUGUCGUAUCAUAUUACGCCAUGCUGCUGCUGCAGAUGAUGAGAAAUUUUUUUGCACUUUAUUGGGCAAAAACCUUGUAAUUUCUAGUGACAAUGAUGAUGAUGGAUUUCUUGGGUCUCCAGCCAUGGUAUCUCGCCCUCUCGAUUUUAGGACUAUUGAUUUACGAUUAGCUGUUGGGGCCUAUGGUGGAUCACAAGAAGCUUUUCUUGAGGAUGUUCAUGAGUUAUGGAAUAACGUUCGGACUGCUUUUCAGGACCAGCCUGAUAUGAUCGAACUCGCUGAGAAGUUAUCCCAAAAAUUUGAAUUACUAUACAAAAAUGAGGUAGUCACAUUUGUUCAGAAAAUUCUGGGAUAUGCUAAAUCAGAGUGUCUUAGUUCGGUAGACAAGAAGGAAAUUGAUGAUCUUCUUGCUUCCAUAAAUGAUAUCCCCAAAGCCCCUUGGGAUGAGGGAGUUUGCAAAGUGUGUGGUAUUGAUAAAGAUGAUGACAGUGUUCUAUUGUGUGAUAAGUGCGAUGCAGAGUAUCAUACUUAUUGUUUGAGUCCUCCACUUUCAAGGAUUCCUGAAGGAAAUUGGUAUUGCCCAUCUUGUGUAAGUGGUGUGCGUGUAGUUCAAGAGGCAACAGAGUGUAUACAGGUUACUAGCCGUUGCAGGAUUAACAAGGACCAGGGAACAUUUACCCAUGUUUUUUUGGACACACUUACUCAGUUGGCAGCUGUAAUGGAAGAAAAUGAGUACUGGGAGUUCAGUGUAGAUGAGAGAACCUUUCUACUUAAAUUUCUCUGUGACGAGUUGCUUAACUCCACUCUCAUUCGUCAACAUCUCGAACAGUGUGCUGAAACAACAGCUGAGUUGCAGCAGAAAUUGCGUUCUUUUUCAAUAGAAUGGAGAAACCUGAAGUCCAGGGAAGAGUUCAUGGUUGCUAGAGCUGCAAAGGUUGAAACUAAUGUAGUUGGAGAAAUAGGAUUGAAGGAUGGGCUUGCUUCUGCCAGUACAAACAAUGAUAAGUGCAUGGGACAGCUGCCUAACUUAGCUGGUAAACUUAGUAAUCUUUCUGGUGUCUCAGAUGAGGUGCCAACACUACAUGAUGGUCCAAAGGAAAUUGGGCUUAAUGGUUUUGGUAAACAUCCAUCAGUGACUAAUUCUGAGAAAAACCAUUCCUGUAACAGCCAGAUUAUGGAUUCUGUAGACAAUGAAGUUCGAUCAGAAGAUGCUCAUAAGGCUGCCAAUGACAGUAGGUUACCUUCUCAAAGACAUGAUCAAUCCUUCAAACCAAAUGAGCUUCGUUUGUCAAGUUCUUUGUCCCAGGAAGUUGAUUGUUCAGGGAAAAUCUGUUUUCAAGGUGAUUUGCAAGAAGGUAAAGGAACGUGUGGUGGUCUGCAACCACCUGCAGACCAUCAAGUAUGCUUCUCGCUGAGAGAACAAAAUGUAUAUGCUGCUGAGGAUGCAUCUUCAGCUACCAUGAAUGAGCCACAAGGUUACCACCUUGAGUUGAGUACUGCAAAGAAUGAUCUUCUUCUUCUGCAGAACUCAAUUGCCAAUGUAGAAUCGCAGCUUUUGAAACUAUGUGUGCGGAGGGAAUUUUUAGGUACUGAUUCUAGUGGAAGAUUGUACUGGGCUUCGGCCACGUCAGAUGGGAAUCCUCGGCUUAUUGUUGAUGGAAGUUUGGUGGAGCAGCAGAGAAGAAAAGUUCUGGAACUGCAAGAUAUGGUAAAUGGUGGUUCAGUUUUGCAGAAUUCUACUUCAACUGACCCCUGCUUGAACUUGGAGGGGUCAAAGGCAUCCUGUCCAUUCCUGUAUGAUGCGGAUGAUAUUUUGACUGCAUGUUCAGCUUGGGUCUGUUAUCAAGCUGAUGCAGAAAUUGAAGCACUCAUCAACUGGUUGAAAGAUGCUGAUCAGAAAGAGAAAGAACUGAAGGAGUCUAUUUUGCAGUGGCAAAAGUCUAAAUUUCGUGAAAUGCGACAAGCUGAAAGCCAAAAUGUGCACAACCAUGCAGGUUUUCCAAUCCCUGUGGAUAGAGAAGGUGCAUCUUGUAAUCAUCUUGUUACUAAGGCUGCUUUGGUUCUGCAGAAGAAAUAUGGUCCCUGCUAUGAGUUUGAUACCAAUGAGACCUUAAAGAAGCGGGGAAAAAGAGCAAGAACAAUUGGUGGAGAUACAAUGUACAGAUGUGAAUGUUUAGAGCCCAUAUGGCCUUCCAGAUAUCACUGCCUCUCAUGCCACAGGACGUUUUCUACAGCUGUUGAUUUGGAGGGGCACAAUGAUGGUAAGUGUUUAUCUGGUGCAUUACCAGCCAAUGAGUGGAGCAAGGAGCUAAUUGAUUCAUUUAAGAGGGAAGGGCAUUCAACUACUUCUACAAGUCCAGAAGGUUGUAUUAGUGGAAUGGACUUGCCUAAAGCUUCAGGAAACUCAUGCUCUGAGCUUAGCUCAAGGUUGAUCAAAUUUCAAAAUGAAGGUUUAGUUAGCCCAUUUGACUUUGAUGAGAUUAGAACCAAGUUUCUAACAAAUGAUUCUAACAAAGAAUUGGUUCAAGUUAUUGGCCUUAUUAGUUCAAAUGGGAUCCCUUUAUUCGUCCCAUCUGUAUCCCCUUAUCUUACCGACUCAACGUUGAUGUUAAUUGCCCCUCCGGCAGAUAAAACCAUUUCCAGCAAUGAGUUUAACCCUAAUGAAAGGCUCAUCUUUACGGAAAGAAACAGGAAUAGCAAUGGUGGCCAUCAGCCCAUCUCUGGUAAUUCUUCAAAAAAGUUUUCUUCUAGUGAAAUCAGUGAAGUGCUAAAAACUAACAGAUCAGUUUUGCAAUGCUCAAAACAAAGAAACAGACAACUUUCUUUGGAUGCUCGUGUUCCAGAAGUGGGUGUUUGUCGUUGUGUUAUUCCACAAUCCUCACUGAGGCCUUUAGUUGGUAAAGUUUCGCAGAUCCGUAGGCGACUUAAGAUCAAUUUACUUGACAUGGAAGCUGCACUUCCUGAAGAAGCUCUUAGACCAUCAAAGGCCAAUUUGGAAAGGAGAUGGGCCUGGCGUGCAUAUGUAAAAUCUUCUCAGGCUAUUUAUGAGAUUGUCCAAGCCUCUGUUGUACUGGAAGACAUGAUUAAGACGGAUUACUUGAGAAAUGACUGGUGGUAUUGGUCAUCCCUAUCUGCGGCUGUGAAAACUUCUACCAUAUCUUCACUUGCCCUGCGGAUAUACUCCCUUGAUGCUGCCAUUGUUUAUGACAAGGCAUCGUCCACUUUAGCUUCAACUGAAAAUUUGAACUCUAGCAGCAUAUCAGACCAGAACCCAUUGCUAGGCUUGGAUGCAGGGGACAAAUGCAAGGUAAGCAGGAAAUGUAACAAGAAAAGGAAGGAACCAGAGGGUUGAUCUUGGAUAUAUAUAUAAGUUUUAGCACAUGAGGAGAUAAAACUGUGGUAAUUCCAGUGGAUUUGAAAUUGGGCAUGUCCGGUAGGUCUGGAUAUGAUGAGAAGAUUGUUCAGAUAAACACCCAAAUGCUGGGAGUACUGGAGGUUUCUGUUAUUGCUGUUGCCCAUGUCACUGUUUCUGUAGCUACUGCUACUGACAACUCUGUAUGUAGAUAAUGCUGACAAUCUAACAUGGAUGCUUGAUUGGAUGGCUGAUUUCAUAUUAUUUGCUUGGAAAGUGUGAAGCAUUCGAGGACCAAUGGAUGUGGAUAUGGAGAUGGAGAAUGCAUCCAGUUUUGGCCAGAUUUAUGCUGCAGCUUUCGGAUUUAUAGUUUGGGAGGAAAGAUGAGAUGGGGUAAUAUUAGCCUCCCGAUGAGAAAAAUCUGUAUACAUAUACAAAGGCAAUUAAUGUAAAAAAAAAAAACAGAAAUGAAAAGAAUGGAAAGAGUUGAAGCUGAGUAGGUGUAGGCAAUAUUUCAUUCUUUAUACAUAGAUCUCUCCUCUCCCUCUCUUUCUUUCAUUACCUUCUCUCUCUCUCCUGUUACCUUCUGUGUGUGUGUUUUGGAGAUGUGCUGGGGUGCAUGGAAGAAUUUAAAUGCACAUGUUCGCCUUUUCUUUGAAACUUAUAGCCAGUAUUGCUUGCACCUUUUUGGCAAGUGUGAUGAUAGUUUCUCGAAGUCUCCUAACAUUUUGACUUAAGUGCAGCUUAUUAGUGAGUCUGUUUUUUUGAGUCGGUGGCCUGCUGAAUGGAGAAGAAGUGAGUAAAUGAUCCUUUCUACUCCAGAAUUUGUGUUUUGCUUACAUGAAUAGUGUCUUUCCUUUGAAGCAGAUCUUUGCUGGAUCGAUGCACUAAGUUGCUUCUUGGAGAGUCAGGAUGGUAGCAUGGCAUAUUUCAAGUGCAGAAAUCAAUAGACUACACAGGUGCUCAAUUCUCAGAUGCCAGUUUCAUCUUUAAACAUGGUAUUGGAAG